GUAACGAUUGUAGGUGGCAGCACUGCAUCACGUGAAUUUUCAUGGCGGUGUUGUAGGGCCAGGCCCGUAUCGUCUUGUGAUUUCACCAAAAAAUUGCUGUUUCAAAUAUUUAGAUAAAAACAGCGUAAAAUUAUAAAUUCCAGUGGUCAGGAUGACUGAAUAUUGGGUAAUAAGUGCCCCUGGGGAUAAAACUUGUCAACAAACCUGGGACCAAUUGAACAAUGCCACAAAAUCUGGCAAUCUCAGUGUCAACUAUAAAUUCCCAAUCCCCGACUUGAAGGUCGGGACCUUGGAUCAGUUGGUGGGAUUGUCAGAUGACCUAGGUAAAUUGGACACCUUUGUGGAAGCUGUCACCAGAAAAGUGGCACAGUAUCUCGGUGAGGUACUUGAAGAUCAACGUGAUAAACUUCAUGAGAACCUCAUGGCAAAUAACAGCGAUCUUCCCACUUAUCUGACACGCUUCCAGUGGGACAUGGCCAAAUAUCCAAUUAAACAGAGUCUUCGCAACAUUGCCGAUAUUAUAAGUAAACAGGUGGGUCAAAUUGACGCGGAUUUGAAGGUAAAAUCGAAUGCGUACAACUCGCUCAAAGGAAACCUCCAGAACUUGGAGAAGAAACAGACUGGCAGUCUGUUGACCCGCAACUUGGCGGAUUUGGUGAAGAAAGAACAUUUUAUUCUUGACAGCGAAUAUCUGACCACCCUUCUUGUAAUUGUGCCCAAGUCGAUGUUCAACGAUUGGAACGCGAACUACGAGAAGAUUACGAGCAUGAUAGUGCCACGCUCCAGUCAACUGCUGCACCAGGAUAAUGACUACGGACUCUUCAACGUCACUCUGUUCAAGAAGGUCGUGGAGGAGUUCAAACUGCACGCCCGCGAGCGUAAGUUCGUGGUGCGCGAGUUCUCGUACAACGAGGCCGACCUGGCUGCCGGAAAGAACGAGAUCACACGCCUGGUGACCGACAAGAAGAAACAGUUCGGGCCUCUGGUUCGAUGGCUGAAAGUGAACUUCUCCGAAUGUUUCUGCGCUUGGGUGCACGUCAAAGCUCUGCGCGUUUUUGUCGAGUCUGUAUUGAGAUAUGGGCUGCCCGUGAACUUCCAAGCGGUGAUGAUGAUCCCUGCCCGUAAGAGCAUGAAGAAACUGAGAGACGUUCUGUAUCAGCUGUAUAAUCACCUGGACCAUUCAGCGCACCAAAACACCACAGCCAACCAGGACAACGCGGAAUUAGCUGGAAUGGGUUUCGGCCAGUCAGAGUAUUAUCCGUACGUGUUCUAUAAGAUAAACGUCGACAUGAUCGAGAAGUCCUCUUAGAUGUUGCCAGCUUACUGUGCUUAGGUAUUGUUACCAAGUCCUGAAGGAGCAGCAUCCAGCUGUUUCACAUUGUACAAUCAAAAUAAAUUAUAUUAUAUAAAUCUGUUAAUAAAUAAUUAUUGGUUGCCAAUAUUGAAUUAUUUUUCUAUUGAAUGGAUUGCAAUUGCAUAUAUUUAUUUGCAUGAAUGAUUUAACGCAACAGUUUGUUUCAGUAUUAUGUUGCAAAUAGAUUAGUUAUAACAGCUGUUAAAUUGUAAAUGUUCAAUAUAUUAUAUUGGUAUAUGUAUGAAAACUGUAAAUAAGAACAUUCCUCUUAUAACUUGUAUGUAGUACAUAAUAAAUAUUCAAGUUACUGUU